AUGGCAAACUUCCUGUUACCCCGGGGCACCGGCAGCUUCCGCAGGUUCACGCGGGAGUCCCUGGCGGCCAUCGAGAAGCGCAUGGCGGAGAAGCAGGCCCGAGGCUCGGCCGCCUCGCAGGAGAGCUGCGACGGGCUGCCGGAGGAGGAGGCGCCCCGGCCCCAGCUGGACCUGCAGGCCUCCAAGAAGCUGCCGGACCUGUACGGCAACCCGCCCCGCGAGCUCAUCGGGGAGCCCCUGGAGGACCUGGACCCGUUCUACAGCACCCAGAAGACCUUCAUCGUGCUCAACAAAGGCAAAACCAUCUUCCGGUUCAGCGCCACCAACGCCCUCUACAUCCUCAGCCCCUUCCACCCGAUCCGGAGGGCAGCCGUGAAGAUCCUCGUCCAUUCGCUCUUCAGCCUGCUCAUCAUGUGCACCAUCCUGACCAACUGCGUGUUCAUGGCCCAGCACGACCCCCCGCCCUGGACCAAGUAUGUCGAGUAUACCUUCACUGCCAUAUACACCUUUGAGUCCCUGGUCAAGAUCCUGGCUCGAGGCUUCUGCCUGCAUGCGUUCACCUUCCUGCGGGACCCAUGGAACUGGCUGGACUUCAGCGUGAUCGUCAUGGCAUACACCACUGAAUUUGUGGACCUGGGCAAUGUCUCGGCCUUGCGCACCUUCCGAGUCCUGCGGGCCCUGAAAACUAUAUCAGUCAUUGCAGGCCUCAAGACCAUCGUGGGGGCGCUGAUCCAGUCGGUGAAGAAGCUGGCCGACGUGAUGGUCCUGACCGUCUUCUGCCUGAGCGUCUUCGCCCUCAUCGGCCUGCAGCUCUUCAUGGGCAACCUGAGGCACAAGUGCGUGCGCAACUUCACGGCGCUCAACGACACCAACGGCUCCGUGGAGGCCGACGGCCUGGUCUGGAACUCCCUGGACCACUACCUCAAUGACCCAGGAAAUUACUUGCUCAAGAACGGCACCUCCGACGUGCUGCUGUGCGGGAACAGCUCUGACGCCGGGACAUGCCCCGAGGGCUACCGGUGCCUGAAGGCAGGCGAGAACCCUGACCACGGCUACACCAGCUUCGAUUCCUUCGCCUGGGCCUUCCUCGCGCUCUUCCGCCUGAUGACACAGGACUACUGGGAGCGCCUCUACCAGCAGACGCUGCGGUCGGCGGGGAAGAUCUACAUGAUCUUCUUCAUGCUCGUCAUCUUCCUGGGCUCCUUCUACCUGGUGAACCUGAUCCUCGCCGUGGUCGCCAUGGCCUACGAAGAGCAGAACCAAGCCACCAUCGCCGAGACCGAGGAGAAGGAGAAGCGCUUCCAGGAGGCUGUGGAGAUGCUCAGGAAAGAGCAUGAGGCCCUCGCCAUCCAGGGUGUGGACACCGUGUCCCGGAGCUCCCUGGAGAUGUCCCUGCUGGCGCCGGUGGCCAACCACGACAGAAGGAGCAAGAGGAGAAAACGGCUGUCUUCAGGGACAGAGGAGUGUGGGGACGACAGGGUCCCCAAGUCUGACUCGGACGACGGCCCCCGAGCCCUGAAUCACCUCGGCCUCACCCGCGGCCCCAGCAGGACCUCCGGGAGGCCGCGCUCCAGCCGCGGCAGCCUCUUCACCUUUCGCCGGCGAGACCUGGGCUCCGAGACGGACUUUGCCGACGAUGAAAACAGCACAGCAGGGGACAGCGAGAGCCACCGCACGUCCUUGCUGGUGCCCUGGCCCCUGCGCCGGCCCAGCACCCAGGGACAGCCCGGUCCCGGCCACGCCCUCAACGGCAAAAGGAACAGCACCGUGGACUGCAAUGGGGUGGUCUCCCUGCUGGGCACGGGCGACGCUGAGGCCACAUCCCCAGGGAGCCACCUCCGCCGCCCCGGGGUACCGGAGCGCCCCGCGGACACGACCACGCCUUCGGAGGAGCCAGGUGGGCCUCAGGUGCUGAGCCCGCAGGUUCCGGGUGUAGACGGCUUCGAGGAGCCAGAAGCGCGACAGCGGGCCCUAAGUGCCGUCAGUGUCCUCACCAGCGCCCUGGAAGAGUUGGAGGAGUCCCGCCGCAAGUGCCCGCCGUGCUGGAACCACUUUGCCCGGCGCUACCUGAUCUGGGAGUGCUGCCCACUGUGGCUGGCCAUCAAGCAGAGAGUGAAGCUUGUGGUCAUGGACCCGUUCGCCGACCUCACCAUCACCAUGUGUAUCGUGCUCAACACGCUCUUCAUGGCGCUGGAGCACUACAACAUGACCGCCGAAUUCGAGGAGAUGCUGCAGGUCGGAAACCUGGUCUUCACCGGGAUCUUCACGGCCGAGAUGACCUUCAAGGUCAUCGCCCUGGACCCCUACUACUACUUCCAGCAGGGCUGGAACAUCUUCGACAGCAUCAUCGUCAUCCUGAGCCUCAUGGAGCUGGGCCUGUCCCGCAUGGGCAACCUGUCGGUGCUGCGCUCCUUCCGCCUGCUGCGGGUCUUCAAGCUGGCCAAAUCGUGGCCCACCCUGAACACCCUGAUCAAGAUCAUCGGGAACUCGGUGGGCGCGCUGGGGAACCUGACGCUGGUGCUGGCCAUCAUCGUGUUCAUCUUCGCCGUGGUGGGCAUGCAGCUGUUCGGGAAGAACUACUCGGAGCAGAGGCACCGCAUCAGCGACGCGGGCCUGCUGCCCCGCUGGCACAUGAUGGACUUCUUCCACGCCUUCCUCAUCAUCUUCCGCAUCCUCUGUGGCGAGUGGAUCGAGACCAUGUGGGACUGCAUGGAGGUGUCCGGGCAGUCGCUGUGCCUGCUGGUCUUCCUGCUCGUCAUGGUCAUUGGCAACCUCGUGGUCCUGAACCUCUUCCUGGCCCUGCUGCUCAGCUCCUUCAGCGCCGACAACCUCACGGCCCCCGACGAAGACGGGGAGCUGAACAACCUGCAGGUGGCCCUGGCCCGCAUCCAGCGGGGCCUGCGCUUCGUCAGGCGGACCGCCCGGGACGGCUGCCGUGGGCUGCUGCGCCGGCCGCCCAAGCCCACCGCCCCGGCCGCCUGCGGCCCGCUGCCCCACUGCGUAGCCGCCCCCAGCUCCCCGCCGCCCCAGGAGGCUGAGAAGCCGCCCCCGGCCCGCAAGGAGACCCGGUUCGAGGAAGGCAGGCGGCCCGGCGAGGGUGCACCUGGGGACCCGGAGCCCGUGUGCGUGCCCAUCGCCGUGGCUGAGUCGGACACGGAGGACCCGGAGGAGGGCGAGGACGACAGCCUGGGCUCGGAGGAGGACUCCAGCAAACCGGAAUCCCAGCCCGUGUCUGGCGACCCAGAGGGCCCCCCGGAGCCCAGGGCCUGGAGCCAGGUGUCAGAGACGGCUUCCUCCGAGGCCGAGGCCAGUGCGUCUCGGGCCAACGGGCGGCAGCGGCGGCCAGCGGAGGCCGGGGCUGCCGGGUGCCCUGAGACGCUGGACAGCUGCUCGGAGGGCAGCACGGCCGACAUGACCAACACCGCUGAGCUGAUGGAGCAGAUCCCCGACCUGGGCGAGGACGUGCAGGACCCGGAGGACUGCUUCACCGAAGGCUGUGUCCGGCGCUGCCCGUGCUGUGCAGUGGACGUGACACAGGCCCCGGGGAAGGUCUGGUGGCGCCUGCGCAAGACCUGCUACCGCAUCGUGGAGCACAGCUGGUUCGAGAGCUUCAUCAUCUUCAUGAUCCUGCUCAGCAGCGGGGCGCUGGCCUUCGAGGACAUCUACCUGGAGGAGCGCCAGGCCAUCAAGGCCCUGCUGGAGUACGCCGACAAGAUCUUCACCUACGUCUUCGUGCUGGAGAUGCUGCUCAAGUGGGUGGCCUACGGCUUCAAGAAGUACUUCACCAACGCCUGGUGCUGGCUGGACUUCCUCAUCGUGGCCGUCUCGCUCGUCAGCCUGGUGGCCAACACGCUGGGCUUCUCCGAGAUGGGCCCCAUCAAGUCACUUCGAACCCUGCGCGCGCUCCGACCCCUCAGGGCCCUGUCCCGAUUUGAGGGCAUGAGGGUGGUGGUCAAUGCCCUGGUGGGCGCCAUCCCGUCCAUCAUGAACGUCCUCCUCGUUUGCCUCAUCUUCUGGCUCAUCUUCAGCAUCAUGGGCGUGAACCUGUUCGCCGGCAAGUUCGGCAAAUGCAUCAACACCACCGAGGGGGACCUGCCACUCAGCUACACCGUGGUGAACAACAAGAGCGAGUGCGAGUCCUUCAACGUGACCGGCGAGCUGUACUGGACCAAGGUGAAGGUCAACUUCGACAACGUGGGGGCCGGCUACCUGGCCCUUCUGCAGGUGGCGACGUUCAAGGGCUGGAUGGACAUCAUGUACGCGGCUGUGGACUCCAGGGGGUACGAAGAGCAGCCCCAGUGGGAGUACAACCUCUACAUGUACAUCUACUUCGUCAUCUUCAUCAUCUUCGGGUCUUUCUUCACCCUCAACCUGUUCAUCGGCGUCAUCAUCGACAAUUUCAACCAGCAGAAGAAGAAGCUAGGGGGCCAGGACAUCUUCAUGACAGAGGAGCAGAAGAAGUACUACAACGCCAUGAAGAAGCUGGGCUCCAAGAAGCCCCAGAAGCCCAUCCCGCGGCCCCUGAACAAGUACCAGGGCCUCAUGUUCGACAUCGUGACCAAGCAGGCCUUCGACGUCACCAUCAUGUUUCUCAUCUGCUUGAACAUGGUCACCAUGAUGGUGGAGACGGACGACCAGAGCCCCGAGAAGGUCAGCGUCCUGGCCAAGAUCAACCUGCUCUUCGUGGCCAUCUUCACGGGCGAGUGCAUCGUCAAGAUGGCCGCGCUCCGCCACUACUACUUCACCAACAGCUGGAACAUCUUCGACUUCGUGGUCGUCAUCCUGUCCAUCGUGGGCACCGUGCUCUCGGACAUCAUCCAGAAGUACUUCUUCUCCCCGACGCUCUUCCGGGUCAUCCGCCUGGCCCGAAUCGGCCGGAUCCUCCGGCUCAUCCGGGCAGCCAAGGGCAUCCGCACGCUGCUGUUCGCCCUCAUGAUGUCGCUGCCCGCCCUCUUCAACAUCGGGCUGCUGCUCUUCCUGGUCAUGUUCAUCUACUCCAUCUUCGGCAUGGCCAACUUCGCCUACGUCAAGUGGGAGGCCGGCAUCGACGACAUGUUCAACUUCCAGACCUUCGCCAACAGCAUGCUGUGCCUCUUCCAGAUCACCACGUCGGCCGGCUGGGACGGCCUGCUCAGCCCCAUCCUCAACACGGGGCCGCCCUACUGCGACCCCAGCCUGCCCAACAGCAACGGCUCCCGGGGCAACUGCGGCAGCCCCGCCGUGGGCAUCCUCUUCUUCACCACCUACAUCAUCAUCUCCUUCCUCAUCGUGGUCAACAUGUACAUCGCCAUCAUCCUGGAGAACUUCAGCGUGGCCACGGAGGAGAGCACGGAGCCACUGAGCGAGGACGACUUCGACAUGUUCUACGAGAUCUGGGAGAAGUUCGACCCCGAGGCCACGCAGUUCAUCGAGUACUCGGCCCUGUCGGACUUCGCGGAUGCCCUGUCGGAGCCGCUGCGCAUCGCCAAGCCCAACCAGCUGAGCCUCAUCAGCAUGGACCUGCCCAUGGUGAGCGGGGACCGCAUCCACUGCAUGGACAUCCUGUUUGCCUUCACCAAGAGGGUGCUGGGGGAGUCCGGGGAGAUGGACGCCCUCAAGAUCCAGAUGGAGGAGAAGUUCAUGGCGGCCAACCCGUCCAAGAUCUCCUACGAGCCCAUCACCACCACGCUGCGCCGCAAGCACGAGGAGGUGUCGGCCACGGUCAUCCAGCGGGCGUUCCGCAGGCACCUGCUGCAGCGCUCCCUGAAGCACGCCUCCUUCCUGUUCCGGCAGCAGACGGGCAGCGGCGGCCUCUCGGAGGAGGACGCACCCGAGCGCGAGGGCCUGCUGGCCUGCACCAUGAGCGAGCACUUCGCCCGGCGCCCCAGCGCGCCCCCCAGCUCCUCCGUCUCCUCCACGUCCUUCCCGCCGUCCUACGACAGCGUCACCAGGGCCACCAGCGACAACCUCCAGGUGCGGGUGUCUGACUGCAGCCGCAGCGACGAGCUCGCCGACUUCCCCCCGUCUCCAGACAGGGACCGCGAGUCCGUCGUGUGAGCCUGGCCCCUCGGCUGGCCAGGACAGGAGGCCGUGGCGGCGUGACAAGCCAGCAAGCACUGGGGGCCACCCGCUGGGGCCGUGGUCUGGCCCCGUGCCUGUAGCUGGAGCCCAGUGGCAGCACGAGGGCAGCUGGCCCGGCGGGGAGUGGGGAGCCCCACCUGUUCCAGUGGCCCGGCCUGCCCAGGGAGGGCACCCAGGGCCCCGAGAAGCAAACCCCAUGCCUGCUGCUGAAGAAUGGAAAACAGACCACAUGUUGCGAAUGGGCUUUCAUAAAUUUAUUAUAUUUGAUAUUUUUUUACUUGAGCAAAGAACUAAGGUUUCUGGUUUUCUCCUGUGGGUGGCGGCGGCCUCUCAGCCCU